CCCCCUUGUACAUGUAUCCUUUAUUCCCCUUCUGGGUUAGACACAGCGCAAACCAUGCACCACUACAGCAAACGCAGUAACUUUACCUGGAACGGAACCCUGAAAGAGCUGGGUAACUACUCCUGCUGUGAGCGAGUACGGGCCAGCAUGGCAGCCCCCGGCAGCUCCAGCGGACUAGAGGUUCUCCUGUCUACUCUGCAGAAUGCAGGGGACAUUGAGAGCACCCUCAAUAUCCUCAAUGUGCUGGAUGAGCUGCUUUCAGCUGGCACAGACAGACGGAUCACCUACAUGAUCUCGAAGGGGGGUAGCGAGGCUCUCCUAAGCGCCCUGGUGACCACAGCCAGGACCUUCUCCCCCAACUUCACCAUCCUCCUCCCCCUGCUGCACCUCCUGGCCAAGGUCGGACACAGAGACCGUCGUAUUGGGAUGAAGGCAGAGAAGGCGGAGGCUGUGCUGCCAACUCUGACUCUGCUGAAACAGAAUGUAAAGCACACCAGGAGGAGGGCAGCCUGCCUUUGGGUCCUCCAGGUUUUCUGCUCCUCUGUCACCACUGCUACGCUGCUGGGACAAAACCGAGGCCUGGACGUUAUAUUCAGACUGAUACCCCUUCACACUACGAGGCACAAACGCACCGUCAAGGCAGCAAUCGAUGCACUGGCAGCACUUUUAUGUUCAAAGGCCAAUGUCAGGGCCGCUGUGGCCAAGGGUUACGUGUCUGCCCUGUUGAAGCUGUAUGAGGACUGGCACAACAAGGACCCGGACCAUGAGACCAUCCCCAUCCGCCUGGCCCUGCUCCAUUGCCUGCACCAGACCACCCACUGCAGCGCUGGCCGGGUCGCUCUGGUGGCACAGGGGGGCAUCAGCCUCCUCUACCACACCACACAGACCUGCCUGGCCAGUAACGGUCUGGAAUAUCUGGUGGAGUAUGCUGUCCAGCUGAUGAGGAAGUGCUAUCCUAAAUGUCCCCUGCCUCUGACCUCGGAUCAGAGUGUUUAUACCUUCCCCCUGCCUGGGAGGCCUGCUGACACUGCUCCAGGACCCCAAGAUGUCAGCUUCGAAGAUGAUAGUGACGACGACAUUGAAAAUGAAGAGGCUGACUGCGGCAAGGAAUAUGAUGAUGACCUGGAGUCAGACGUGAACAAGCUGCGGUCCCGGCCAGAACCUGACAGGCCCCUGGAGCAGCUGGGUCAGUACGUCAGACUGUGUCCUGAACUCCACCACGACUUCCAGGACUUGGACUCGGACUCUGAGGUAGAUUCAAGCUCCGAUGAGGAGGGUUUACUCAAUGAGGACUUCAGGACUGAUGGAAGAUCCAGAGUAAAUCUCAGAGAUUCUCCAUCCCAUUCUCCCCUGGAGCACCCAGUCUCAACAGUAGAGGGAGACCAGGAUGGCAAAGGAGAACCUCCAGAGAACCAUCUGCAGGCCUGUGACUUCCACAGCCACUUCCUGUCUAGCUCCAGUGUGAAGCAGGACAGCCACCCUAGCAUGGUAGACAGGCUGCUGGAGAAACACGGGGCCCGCAUCCCCCACCAUGACCCACGCAUGUACACCGCAGCAGCAGCCCUCACCAAGUCCAUCCCUGAGUAUUCCAUCUUAGCCUUCCCUGACUUCUGGGGACAUCUCCCUCCACAGAGUAAAGAGCCAAUGGCUGGAAGGAAACCCAAUGUGCAAAGGAAGAAGGUGUUUGAGGACAUCCAGCGUCUCCUCAACCCUGAGGACGUUAUUGAUGAAGUUGUGUUUGACCUGGAGGACCGCAGCUCCCAGGGCUCUCCUGAUCACUCCGACUCCCUGAGCUUCUUCUCCAAGUUUGAGUGCGGGAACCUGCGCAAAGCCGUUCACGUCCGUAGUCACGAGUACGAUCUGAUCCUGAACGCGGACGCCAACUGCUCCCAGCACCACCAGUGGUUCUAUUUCGAGGUCAGCGGUAUGGCGGCAAACGUGCCCUAUCGCUUCAACAUCAUCAACUGUGAGAAAGCCAACAGCCAGUUCAACUACGGGAUGCAGCCUGUACUGUACUCUGUCAGAGAGGCUCUGGAAGGACGACCCAACUGGGUCAGAACUGGAACUGAGGUCUGCUACUACAGAAACAGCUUCUGUCCGAGCCGAGGCCAAAAGAGCUCUUCCUUCUACACCCUGACCUUUACCGUGACCUUCAAACACAACGAAGACGUGUGCUACCUGGCCUAUCACUACCCCUACACCUACUCUGCCCUCCAGAGUCACCUGCAGGUGCUGCAGCGGUCAGUGGACCCUCGCAAGUUGUUUUUCCGCCAGCAGAGUCUGUGUAACACACUUGCUGGUAACCCCUGUCCCCUGGUCACUAUCACUGCCUGCCCCUCCUCCAAAAGCUGGAAGGACUUGCAUCAGCUGCGUAACCGUCCGUGUGUAGUACUGACAGCACGGGUCCACCCUGGGGAGAGUAACGCCAGCUGGGUGAUGAAGGGAACCCUGGAGUUUCUGUGUAGCAGUGACCCGGUGGCUGAGACACUGAGGGAGGCCUACAUCUUUAAGAUUAUCCCCAUGCUCAACCCUGACGGGGUCAUCAACGGCACUCACCGCUGCUCUCUGAACGGUGAAGAUCUCAACAGACAGUGGAUGAAGCCUGAUCCUGUUCUGAGCCCUACUAUAUACCACGCCAAGGGCUUCCUCUACUACCUCAACAGCAUCGGCAGGACACCCCUGGUGUUCUGUGAUUACCAUGGUCACUCGCGGAAGAAGAAUGUGUUCCUGUACGGCUGUAGUGUGAAGGAGACUGUAUGGCAGUCAGGUUCUGCUGUCAAUACUGCCACUCUGAAGGAGGACCCAGGAUAUAGGACCAUCCCUAAGACUCUGGACCGGAUAGCCCCAGCCUUCUCCUUCAACAGCUGCAACUACCUUGUGGAGAAGUCCCGAGAGGCCACAGCCCGGGUGGUGGUCUGGAGGGAGAUGGGUGUGCUCCGGAGCUACACCAUGGAGAGCACCUACAAUGGCUGCGACCAGGGCGUCUUUAAGGGCAUGCAGACUGGCACGGGGGAAUUGGAGGAGAUGGGGGUGAAGUUCUGUCAGUCGCUGCUCUCCCUGAGGAGGAACACCAUGCUGUACAACAGGAGAGUCAUCAGCCAGCCAACCUUGCUCAACCUGGAUGACAACCUCCUAGACCACAAGUCCCGCAACUGCUUCGAGGAUGAUGAGCCACCUUGUGUAGAGGAAAUUGAGUACCUGAAUGACAGCUUCCCCGAGCCCAACAGAAAUGAUCUGGACUCUGAGGUCAAUGGCAACACAUCCAGCGCUGAGGAGGAGGAAGAUGACGAGGAAGAGCACCAGACAACCGGGAACAGUCGACGACGCUCAAUGAAGUCCCGCCUCUAUCCUCACUUGAUAGGCCCAGAGACUCUGAACAUCAAGAGGAGCCCAUGCAAUGGGAUGAACAUUUCAAAUGGACAGUAUCUGAGCUAAGGUAUCACAAGGACAUUCCCCCAAAGCACUUAUUUCCUUUUUUUAAUAAUACAUUUGAUAAUGGAAAUUCUAAUGUAUAUGGUUGCUAAGUUAGUGGCUAUUUCCCUUAGGCUUUUAGAACAGUGGAUAUAUAAACUAUAGCAGUAGAAUAGUGGACAAUGGCUUUGUAUGAUUUGUAUAUGCCUUCGUAUGAGAUGCAUGUGAAGGAUAGUCCGGCAUGACGUGGGCUUGUUGAGGCCAUAUUCCCUACAGAGAGCCUAAAGUAAAUAGGUAUAUGGCUGAAGUAGGGUACUAGACAAUAUUAUAUUAUAUGAGAUUAUACUUAUAUUAUUUGUGUAUAGUAAAUGUAUCAAAUACAUCAGAAAUAGGUUGGGGCUGUCACAAAGUUUACCUAUUAUUAACAUGCAGUAUGAUCUAAGUUCCAAAAUAACGGGCCACCAUAAUCAUUGUUAUAUAUUUAACAUUCACAACCUGCAAUGCAUUUACAUAGAGCUAACCAGCAAACUGUAGUUACUUUGGGGGAAAAUAUAUUUAUAUUUUUUGAAAUUAUAUAAAUAUGAAGUAUUAACUAAACACAUUUUGCUAGUUGACCGUUUUCAUAAUGUCUAAAGAUGAUAGUAUUGACUAAUAACUGUUCGUUAUAAAUGUUCCAUUCUCCUUCCUCUUAAAUAUGUUGGAACCGAAGAGCACUACAAUAAAAUAGACUUUUAUUGAA